GUGAUUACAGUUCAGUGGUAAGAAAAUCCUUGCCAUAUUUCUUUAUGGGAGUUAAAAUUAGGUAUAAAAUCUGCGUUGGCAUCCGAGCCACAUCAGCUGAUUGAGAGACACGUCCUGAAGAAGAUGAAGUUCCUAACACCAGAGCAGAAGAAAUUCUAUGAUGACAAUGGCUAUGUUGUCAUUGAUGUCCUGACCAAAGAGGAGACAGAUGAGCUGAGCCGGGAUUAUGAUGACAUCUUUAAGCGAAAGGCCGAUUCUAAUUUGGAGGCUACGUGGCAAGGUGACUGGAAUAAGAAAGCAGGCACGACGCAAGUACAGUCAAUACACGGACUUCAAAUGCACUCUGCGGCCUUUACACGCUUGCUACUCCAUAAGAAGAUGCUUGAUGCUUGUGAAGACGUAAUGAACACAUCAGAUAUUCUCUUACACCACACCAAAGCACACUUGAAGCCCCCUGGCACUGGAUCUCCAUUUCCCAUGCAUCAAGACUACCACUACUUCCCCUUUAAGAAUGACUCAAUGAUAGCGGUCUUUGUGAGCUUGGAUGACGCUGACCCCCAGAAUGGAGGGCUGUGCGUGUACCCUGGUUCGCAUAAGCUUGGACCUCAGGAAGACUGCAGCAAUGUCCCUGGAUGGCACUACCUCAGCCAGGAAAAGUUUCCCAUAGAGAAAGCAACACCACUUACCCUAAAAAGAGGACAGGUGGUCAUUUUCUCGUACCUGCUUAUUCAUGGUUCGUAUGACAACACCAGUGACAGGGUCCGCCGCAUGUUCCUCAUCCAGCUCAUGGCUGCCGAUGAUACACCCAUGGCCGAUAUGCACAGAUCAUCGUGCCAGAAGAUGGUGUUGCGUGGGAAGUGCUUGUGGCGACUCGCGGAUGUCACAAAACGCUUUGAGGAUUAGAGCAUUACAACUAGAAGUCUAUGAAGAUGUAGUGACUAUUCAGCACGUGGUUAUUUGUAGUUUGUAUACUGUGAUUGAGAAGGCAUUGUUGAGCUUAAGUUUGUUUUUAUUGUUAUUAUUUUUAGUAUUUUACUUUUUUAACGUAUUUCAUAUAUAAUUUUUUUUUUUCUUCUUCUUUUUUUUAUAGGUAAUUGCAAGAUGGAUAGGUUAUCAAAAAUUAGCUCUAAUUCAUUUUACUUAAUGUACAUAAGGUACAUAUGAUUGGAACACUUUUUUUAUGGUUAGCUUUAACCAUUCAACCUUUUUUUUCUUUUUUUUAUUACAGGAUCAUCCCAUCCAGUUUGUUUUCCAUGCCACAAAAUAGACCUGUAAUUGUGAACUAAAUGUGAUAAAAGAUUUUGAUUGGGUUUCAGCAUAAAUUUGUGCCUUAAAAAACAAUUUGGGUGCAGAUUUGAUGUUUUCACCAUUAAACUUCUUAACUCACCCAUGAAUUUAGGGGCAAUUUAUAGAUCUAUACAUAGGACUCUCCCUGGACCUGCAACACCUCCAAGACGCUGGUUCAGCUCAGAAUGGAAGGUGUUAGAGAGCCGCGCUAGAAGCUGGUUUAUACCUAAUCUUCUGGCACAAUCGUCAAGGGGCUUCUCAGCUUCAGGGAGAGCACGUAAAGACUGAUUUACCAUAUGGCCUUUGAUAUAGGUUCCAGUAACCUUGUUUAAAAGGUAGAAACAACCUUGCUCUCACGUGUGAUUUGGACAAGGCUUUGGGUUUGGCCAGAAGUGUUUCUAUGUGGCCAGCCUGUAUGUGGCAAGAGGGUUAAUAGUACAAUUGUUUUAUAUAACUUGUUGGUCAUUUGUGCUUAUAGUAUGUGCAUAGCCUUUUAUCAUUAGUUUUUUUUAAUAGAAACUAGGAUAUUUACUUUUAUUUGUGUCAUUGAUAUCAUAACUUUCUAAACUGCAACCUAAAAUGAGGGAUUCCUAAUAAGUACUAAAAAGUUGUAGUAAUGUUGUAUUGUAGAUUUUUAAACACAGUUUGAGAUAGAUGUGUCAAUGGACUUUUAUCAAGAAUCACAAAAGUACAAGUACAAGUUUGUGCCAUAUGUAGAUUAGGCUAAUGUAGCGUACAUUUAUCUCCUUCUUGAAUAUUUUAAUCUUACUAACCCUUAAAUUCUGCAUUAUAAACCUCUUACUAACAUUAUCUCCUACACAGGAAAAGGUUUUAUAUAUGAUUUGUGCAAUAUACAGGUUUAACUAACCCAAUGAUGCUGGUAGUAUGUAUACAUGUUCCUACUAACAUAUUUUAUGGUUAACCUUUGAUUGAUAUAUGAUUUUCAUAUAUAAAAAAUAUGUUUAUACCAGAAUGUUAACGAGAAUAUAGGUGAUGAUUGUAUGCCACUAUGUAUACUAGCCAUAUUACAAUGUUUGAAUAUGUAUAGUUUUGCGGUGAAUAUUGCAAAGAUUUAUUAUGGUUUUUGAUUGGAUUAAUUUCAGAUAAUUGUAUAUGAUAGAAAAAAAAUACCAUUUUAUUUGAAAAAGGUUGUAAGUUAGUUUAGGUAAUUAUUUGAAAAUACAGCUCCUUUAGGGCAGCAGAUUAAGUAAAAAACUGGAGAAACCAAAGUACAAAUAAAUUAACAGGAGAUCUAAAUAAUUUUGAAUAAUUUAUGGUAUAUAGAAGAAUCUUCUAUUAGAGUAUGUAAAAGAUAUAUACGCAGCUAAGAAAUCUAGCCAUCCAGCUCAUGUACAAAUGACAAAAACAAAGGUUCCAAUAAGCAAUAUUUUGUUAUGAUUAAGACAAGAUAUGCAUGUGGUGUAAUAUUGAUGUAUGACUUAAAUGCAUUAUGUUGCAGUUAUGGUAACAAAGGUUAUAAUCUUUUAGGAUUUUUUUCUUCUUCUCUUUUUUAGUAGGUUGUCACACUUUGCUGGUGCUGUUAUGUUGACUUUUUAUUCAGAUUUUAUGUUUUAUGAGGAAACAGAGGAGAAACU